AUGGGGUUCACUACCAGCGUGGCUUACAGCUUCCCGGCCACCAUCGUCAACACUCGCGUGGUCCUGGUGGAUGACGCCAAGCCGUUUGGUGGCGUGGCGGCGGCAGAGAUCACGAUGGAGGCUCCGCUUGUGCCGCUGAAGCUAAUUGAGAAGGCUGGCUUCGGUGGCGAGGACGGCCACAUGUUUCUGCGUGCCGAAGCCGAUGCCAGCGACGAGAGCGGCAUGUAUGGCGGCUUCGAUACAAUCGACCGGCGCUUCUCAAGGUCCUCUGGGGUGGUCCGCAACAUGGACCUCUUUGCCUUGCCCGUGGCUUGCACGCGCCGUGAAAACUGUGAGGCCGGCUCCUGCCAAGCUGGGUCGACGCUCCGCCUGCUCCUUGUCGCGCCCGCAGAUAACGGGUUGGAGAGUAUGAAGCGUGUUGGGUACACUGUGACGGAUCCUGGGCGGCUCAAGUAUGCGGUACCAGGUCUGCGCAAAAGCCUGCGAUCCAGCUCUGAACCUAGCCAGGACUACCGUGAGGACGGUGGCUGA